CUUAAAUUUCCCGGACAGAGAAAGGAGGAAAUUUCAAUAUUCAAUAUCAAUAAUAUAAAGUCCUGCAGUCUGAAUUAUGAUGGAUGAAGAUGUGGUGGUAUUCCUCAACACUCCUGUGUUGGGUCCCUUUGUAAUGGAGCAGGAGGCCACAGACCAAUAAGGCAGGGUGUGACUUGUAUGGAACACCAAUGUGGCAAGCAAUGCAGAACACAAGACACAAGAAACUGUAGAUGUUGCAAUCCUGUUGGGGUUUUUUCAAUUACUGGUAGAACCGCUGCCUCACAGUUCCAGAGACCCAGGUUCGAUCCUGACCUUGGAUGCUGCCUGUGUGGUGUUUGCAUGUUCUCCGUGUGGCUGUGUAGGUUUUCUCCAGGUUCUCCAGUUUCCUCCCACAUCCCAAAGACUUGACGAUUUGCAGGUUAAUUGUCUUCUGUAAAAUUACCCCUAAUGUGUAGGGAGUGGAUGUGAAAAUAGGAUAUCAUAAAACUAUUACGAAUGGGUGAUUGAUGGUCAACGUGGCCUUGGUGGGCCGACGGGCUUGUUUCCAUGCUGUAUUUUUUUUUAAACUAAACUCAAUGGAUCAGGCAGCAUUUGUGAAGGGAAAUGGACAGCUGAUGAUUCAGAUUGGACCAUUUUCAGAUUUGAUCAGUCCCCACCGGAAACAUCGCCUGUCCGUUUCCCUCCACAGAUGUUGCCAAAACCCUCCAGAAAACACAGGGUUAUCUUUGUGAUCGGUAAAGCAAUCACCCUGCCAAUGUUUGGUGUUUCCCGUAUAGAGGAGACCAUAUCAACUAGUUUGGAGGAAAUGUAGGUGAAUUGUGCUUUGCGGGAAGUUUCCCUAAGCGGGCUCAACCUAAAACGUCACCCAUUCCUUCUCUCCAGAGAAGCUGCCUGUCCCGCUGAUUUACUCCAGCAUGUUUGUGUCUAUCCCUAAACCAUGUUGGGAUAUACUUCUCCGUGUCCCCUGCUUCUGCCCCCAGUCUUCCCAUCCCUGUCCCAAUGAAUGAGAGACUUCAACCUGCCUUUCCCUUCUCUCACACAUAAACUCUUCCUGAAGGUCUGGGUUUAUCGUUGCCGAGCGCCGUUUCCUCUCCACACAACCUUCCAGCCUCUCCUGGCACUGGCAGAUGCCGUGCGAGGGGCGGGCUGGGUGCAAUCUAUCAGCCUACCUUCAACACCUUUGAGUUGAAGUGUGCGUGUGAGAGAGAGAGAAAGGAGGAAGGGACGGCGGGGCGGAACGGAGCUCGGUUCAUCUCAGUCGCUGCAAUAUUGACUUAUAGAGGAACGAUGAACGAGUAGAGGAUGGAGCUACAAGCGGCAGGUUUAGAACACCUGGAGAUCUUCUGCUUGGGACUAUUGCAAUUGUUUUAAAACAAGGCUAGUGUAAAUAAGAGUCAGGCAAUUGUCGGAUUCGGGAGAGGUUGAGUCUGGGCGUGCGAAUUUUGCUUUAAUCCGGUGUCACUUGGUUGGAGCGAAGGCUCGGACGCCGGCUGCUGCCUGCGCUCGCUGCUCGGGACCCGGUGCCGCGGUCCGGCCAUGGAGACGGUGCGGGGCUCGAACCCCGGCGCCCGCAGCCGCUGAUCCCCACACGAUGGAUACUGGUGCCACCUCCUCGCUGUUCACGAACCUGUCCGCCGGCGGGACAGGGCACACCGUGGGCAUCCGCUCUGCUUCCGUCCCGGUCAACAUACUGCUGGAAACCAUCAUGGUCCUGAUGUGUGUGGCUGCUAUCACAGGUAACGUUCUGGUGAUUGCCAUUAUCGCUGUGACCAAACACUUCCACUCGGUGACCUCAGUGUUUCUGGUCAAUCUGGCUGUCAGUGACUGUUUGGUGGGGCUUGGAGUCAUGCCAUUUGUUGCCAUGUCUGUGUUUUACCAGGAUUGGAACAGAUACAACGACCUGUGUCUCUACGUGGGCUACACCUCGUCGGUCUACUGCACGGCCUCAGUGCUGACGCUGGCUGCCAUCGCCCUGGACCGCUACCACGCCAUCAUUGACUGCCUGCAGUACAACUCGCAGAGCACCGUGCGCCGCACGGCCGCCACUGUGGUCUGGAUCUGGCUGCAGUCGGCCCUCAGCAGCUGCCCUCCGCUGCUGGGCUGGGGGCGCUUCGGCUACUCACCGGCCAUCCGCAGCUGCUCGGUGGCCUGGGCCGACAGCCUGAGCUACACGGGCUUCGUGGCCGUCGUGUCCUUCCUGCUGCCCGCCUCUGUCAUGAUCUUUUGCUAUGUGCGCAUCGUCAAGGUAGCACGGGGCCACGCCAAGCGGAUCCACGAUAUCGAGAACCAGCUGCAGCGCCGCCCGCCCGGUCGCGCCGCAGCCCCCGACCGCCCCACAUUCUCACAGCUCAUCUCCAGCGUCAACUUGCCCAUCAUCGCCGAUCACCGGUGCGAGGAGGCCCAGGGCCGCUGCCGCAGGCUGCAGGCCAAGGGGCCGGACAUCUUCUGCAAGUACGGCAGCCCAGGCCGCGAACACCAUGGCGCCUUCCGACUCUUCCUGGUCAUCUUCGCCUUCUUCUGCUGCUGGGUGCCAUACGAGGUGGUGGGGCUGGUGCAGGCCAUCGAGAUGGCGGUGGUGGGUGGCCAGCGGGCCUCAAGUGUGCCGCCUGGCCUGGUGACAGCGGCCCACUGGCUGGCCCUGCUCAACUCGGACAUCAACCCGCUGCUGUACGCGCUGCUCAGCAAGAGGUUCCGCAAGGCCCUGCGCCAUUGGCAGCGCCGGCUGGAAGCCAAGGUGGGGCUUGGGCGGGCCCGGCGGGAGGAAGCGGCCGCUGCCGCUGGGCUCUCCGCCCUCCUGCACGCCAAGCCGCCGGCCAGCCAGAGGAGGACCAGCUCCAACGUGACGGCCAUCAGCCAGCUCAGCCCCCGCCAGCCAGGGCUCCAGGCCCGCUCCUGCUCCGUCUUCUCCAUCAGCUCCCUGCCCCGCAGCGGGCAAGAUGAGCCCUUGGACGACCUGCUGUCCGGCCCGGCCUCCGCCAGCUCCCUGGUCUUCGUGCCGUGCGGCAAGGUGUCGGAGCACCACAGGGACCCGCAGAACGAUCCCGGUCCCAAACAAUACUUGAAAGUCCCGCAGCUUUCCCAGGAGGCUGACACCAUGCUGUUGCCGUCACAGACUUUCAGUGAGAAGCAAUCGUCCACUUAUGUAUUUGGAAAUAUCAUCGUUAAGGUUGAAAACGAUGCAGUUGACCUGUAGAUGCUUCGAACAUUGCUGCGCCAGUUGUAAACUGUAAACAAUGGGGUACUGUGGGUUGCAUUAGUCCAUGCAAGUGCCAAAACAGCGAGCCCUAGUUGACUCAACUGCAGGUUAAACACAAGCAUGGGUACUGUGCACACAUAGCCCAGACUCAUUUCAGGUAGGGGAGACAUUAAAGAAGCCUUGGAAGAAAUAAAACAGUGUAUAGGGUUGAAUGGCAGGGAAAAGCCCAGUUGAUCUUACAUGCUGUCUCACACUCAUGAUGGCUUGAGCACAAUCGUUUAAUGCUAGAGCGAGCCAUUUGUCAGUUUACAUCAUGUUGACACCUACAAGCAGUCCAGUCAGUGCUGUUCCUCCAUUCCUAUCCUGUAGUCCAGCAAAUUAUACUCUCUGAAGUAUCUAACAAAUGUGAAUGCCCCGUUGAAGGCUCGGAUUGCUUUUACCAGCCUUGCUAGUAGAGCACCACAUCACAACAACCCUCUACACAAAGUUUUCCUCAUAUCCCCUUUGUACCUUUUGUCCAAUUCUAUGCCCCUCUCCUUGGGCCUUCAACCAGCUGCUAAUGGGAUAAGGCACCUCUCUAUUUGGAAAAACUCAGCAUAACAGUAAUUUGACUCAAUGCUUCUCUGAGCACCCCCCACCCACCCCAAAAUAUACACAAACAGACACUACAUAACUCCCAAUGACCGGCAAAAAGUGAAAAGGAAAAACAUGAACCAAUACGGGAGAAUUAUAUCUGUUCUGUCCCAAUCUGUAUUGAAGUAAGAAAUCAAAGACAAAUGGUGUGAAUCAUCUAUGCACCUUAACACUGUUCAUUGCGCAUCCCAUGGAUGAUGUGACUACAGCCUUUUAAAUGGCUUUAAAGAGAAUCAGAUCUAUUCAUUUUGUGUUUAAUUUAACACGUUUGACACGAUCAUCCAAUGUCAGCUCUGUUUCACUGACCACAAAUGUUGCCUGACUCAUAGAACAUAGAACAACACAGCACAAUUACAGGCCUUUCGGCCCAACAUUUCUGUACCAAGCAAGAUGUCAAGAAACUAAUCUCCUCUGCUUCUCUGCCAGCAUGUCCUUCAUAUCCCUUCAUCCCUGCAUAUCUGAUGUGUGCCUAUCUAAAAGCCUUUUAAAUACCACUACUUCCACCACCAUCCAUGGCAACCUGUUCCAGGCACUCAUCACCUUCUGUGUAAAAGAAAAAGUCCUGUACAGCACAUCUCCUUUAAACUUUUCCCCUCUUAUCUUAAAGCUAUGCCCUCUAGUCUUUGAUAUUUCCAUCCUGGGAAAAAAGGAUUCAACUGUCUACCCAAUCUAUGCCACUACUUUUAUAUACUUUUAUCACGUCUCUCCUCAAACUCUGAUGAUCCAGAGAAAUCCAAGUUUAACCCACCUCUCCUUUCAGCUAAUACCCUCAAAUUCAGGCAACAUUCUGGUAAACCUUUUUUGCAUUCUCUCCUAAGCCUUCAGUAAUGGGUCGACCAGAACUGCACACAAUUCUCCAAAUAGGGCCUAACCAAAGUUUUGUACAGAUGCAACAUGACUUUCUGACUCUUAUAAUCAAUGCCCCCACCGAUGAAGACUAGCAUAACCCAGAAUCCGGUGUUGACACUUCCAUGGAGGUAUGAACUUUGACCCCAACCCCUCUGUACAUCAAUGCUAUUAGCUGUCUUGUAAUUCACAAUAUUCUUUCCCCUUACAUUUGACCUCCCAAAGUGUAAACUUCACAUUUGCUGUGUAUUUUCAACAUUUUCUAUUUUAAUAUAAGACUCCGCGUGUCAUUUUUUAUUGUAGUGGGUUGGAUUUCAUGACAUUGAAGAAGUGGGGACAAGUACAAUUUACAUCAAAAAUUUGGCAGAGUAUCAAAAUAUAAUUUUUCCAGCUUCGGUGAAGAUGCCAAGCAAGGUGGAAUCGUGAGUAGAGAGGUUGGUGUGGCUUCAAGAGUAUAUAUAAAUAUGCUCUAUCUGAGUGUGAGAUGGGAAUGUAAUAUUAUGUGGGGAAAAUGUGAGGUCACACACACUUAGGUGCAGAAAACCAAAAAGCAGAGUACAUUUUAAACAUUCAGGGACUGGAAAAUGUUGUGUUCAACAUGUGCUUAUAGGCAUGUCACUAAAAGCCCCCAUACAGUUGUGGCAAGCAAUUAGGAAGACAAAUGGUACAUUGGCCUUUAUUUUGAGUAGAUUGAGUACUCUGGGCACUUCCACUAUGUAAAGUUUAUUCUUAAACCUCCUCCUUAACCAUCAUCCAGGAACCUAAACAGUCCUUCCACGUCAAGCAAAGAUUUAUAAGCGCCUCCUCCAACCUUGUCCACUGUAUUCAGUGCUAAGGAUAUAGCCUCUGCAUCAGUGAAACCAAACACCGAUUAGGCAAUGUGUGAUAUUCCUCUGCCUUUGCUAGCUUGAUUAUUGUAAAAGUGGUCAGAAGGUCAUCCUGCGAACAUCCACCUCUGCGGCGCCUCUUUUGACCCCAGCCUCACUGCUAUCAGAAAAUCAGACAGCCGGUACUGGUGAAUUACAACUUUCCCCAGCUUAACCUAACAAAGACAGAAAACAUCCUCUUCAGACUCUGUUCCAAUAACAGAAGUUACAACAACUCAAUCCUCUCCUUGUCACCCUAUCUCAACUGUUUCAUAACCUUUUCUACCAGCAAUACAUCAAGCUUCUCGGAAACGCAAAUCUAAGUGUUACCGUGAUGUUUAAAUACUUCCUCCUAUUCAAUGCCGUCUGAACUUGUUGCUUCUCUGUGACUACACUUUUAGAAAUUCCCCUAAUUUCUCCAUGUCUAAUGUUCCAUGCUCAUCAAAUUCAUUUUAUCUGCCAUUUAACAGCAGCACCUUUAACUCCCUAGGUUACAGAUCAGAACGCCAACUCUCCUCCAUCCCUUUGUUCUCAGUUAAACCCAUACCAUUGUCCAAUUUUAUCGGUCCUCCUAACUUUAUUCCUUGGCUCAGACUUGUUUCAAUCUUUAGGGCACUUGGAAUAAUUUUCCAUAUUUUAAGCUCGGGCUGUUGACAUUAAAGAUUUUCCAAACAAUAGUUUUAUUUUAAAUGGUUUCUUUGCCCUGCCUGAACAUGAUAUUCGGUCAGGUCCUUCAGUUCUCUAUGACUGAGACCAAUUUGUGGAACACUGAAUGCUUGCAAUAUACAGAUUAAAAAUGACUGUCUUUUUCCACAAUUAGACUGGUCCAUUUGCAGCUGGGUCAGACUCAUAAAAUGAAAUAAAAUGGGAGCGGACAAAACUUUACUCAUCCCGACAGCCCUACUGCUCAAGGAACUCAAUGUGCCUUUCCUAUUUGGAGAGACCAUAUGCAGUUUAGUUGAUUGUGGUUCAAUUGAUAAUAAAAUUAUUUUUAAAAACCUCAGAUGCUUCCAUUAUCUUGUCUAGUGUCGCAAUGUCCAAAUGUUUCUGUUAUUAUUUUUGGCCAAGAAUGACGCCUUGCAUUUGAUGAACAUGCAAAGCCAGUAUAAGUCAACUCUGCAUUUCCUUGAGCCUGCUCUAACAUAGAGCAAAAUCUGAGCGGAGCAAUUCCACAUUGAUCCAUUCCAUAUUCCAGGGUUCUCAAGAAUCUUCAGUGUCAGUGAUUUAUUGUUUGCGAUUAACUUGUGUGUCCAGUAACUUGUGAAAAUUACCAAGUUCCCAGCAAAUAUUUCCGAAAACCCUCAGGUGGGACUAAGGAAAAAAAAGUUGUUCGGCACGGACUUGUAGGGCCGAGAUGGCCUGUUUCCGUGCUGUAAUUGUUAUAUGGUUAUAUGGUUAUAUCUGAGUUUUGUCCUUUUAGACAAAGACUCCAAUUGUGUCAUUGUCCUGGCUGUCCUUGUAUGGUUUGUAUCCUAUGGUCUGAAAAGGAAUCAGUUCCUUGGAGAAAUUCCCAGAUAUGUUUUCAGUUUCGCACCCUGUUUUGUUUUUUUGUUAUUGGAGACUCCUUCCACUUGACAACUUAAUGAUUACUUAAUUAAGGACAAGUACACCCUUUAAGAACUGAUUGAAGCACUACAUUGAGUAAUAAAUAGUUCUCUCAGCAAUGACAUGUGAACACUAAUUGCAGAAUGUACAGUGCAUUCAGAAAUUAUUCAGACCCCUUCAUUUUUCCAUGUUUUGUUACGUUACAGCCUUCUUCUAAAAUGGAUUAAAAUCAAUUUUGCCCCAUAAUUUAAAAAAAGCGAAAACAGGUGUUUAGACAUUUUUGCAAAGUAAUUAAAAAGAAAUAACCGAAAAUUCACAUUGACAUAAGUAUUCAGACCCUUUACUCAGUACUUUGUUGAGGUACCUUUGGCAGUGAUUAAUGGGCCUGUCCCACUUGUGCGAAAACCGGGAACUGGAACGGUGACAGACAGACAGACAGACA